UGCCGCGCGCUGUGUUGCAUAACCACACUGCAGGUCCACAGUCUGACUCGCUUCAAACAACCAUUCAUCGCUUUACUUCAUCACAAUGGCAGCUCCGAAGAAAGUCUGCCUCAUUGGCUCUGGAAACUGGGGUUCUGCCAUUGCCAAGAUAGUGGGUGCCAAUGCUGCUCAGAAUCCAAAUUUUGACACCACUGUAAAAAUGUGGGUGUUUGAGGAGACGGUGAACGGGCGCAAGCUGACUGAAAUAAUCAACACUGACCAUGAAAAUGUGAAGUAUCUUCCUGGUCACAAGUUGCCAGCUAAUGUGCUGGCUGUCCCGGACUUAGUGGAGGCGUCCAGUGAUGCUGACAUUUUGGUGUUUGUGAUCCCGCACCAGUUUGUUGCGAAAGUGUGUGACACCAUAAAGGGCCAGAUAAAGACUGAUGCAUUGGGGAUAUCCCUUAUCAAGGGCGUAGACGAGGGGCCUGAUGGACUUAAACUCAUCUCUGAUGUGAUCCAGGAGAAGCUCGGUAUCACCAUGAGUGUGCUGAUGGGAGCCAACAUUGCCAAUGAGGUUGCUGAUGAGAACUUUUGUGAGACCACCAUUGGGUGUAAGAAUAAAAACCACGGGGCUCUCCUGAAGGAGCUCAUGCAGACCAACAACUUCAGAGUCACUGUGGUGGAGGAGUAUGACGUGGUGGAAAUCUGUGGAGCCCUGAAGAACAUUGUCGCGGUCGGAGCGGGUUUCUGUGACGGUCUGGGCUUCGGAGACAACACAAAGGCUGCCGUGAUCAGGUUGGGUCUGAUGGAGAUGAUUGCCUUCGCCCGUAUUUUCUGCACCGCUGGUCCCGUGUCCUCUGCAACCUUCCUGGAGAGCUGCGGCGUGGCUGACCUCAUCACAACGUGCUACGGCGGCCGCAACCGCAAAGUAGCCGAAGCUUUUGUGAAGACGGGGAAGUCCAUCGAGGAGCUGGAGAAAGACAUGCUGAACGGUCAGAAGCUGCAGGGACCAGCGACGGCGGCGGAGGUCUAUCUCAUCCUCAAGCACAAAAAUCUAAUCGACAAGUUCCCACUGUUCAAUGCCGUGUAUCAGAUCUGCUAUCAGGGCCAUCCGGUCACAGAGUUCAUAAGCUGUUUGCAGAACCACCCCGAGCACAUGUAAACAACAACAAACUGACCAAGUGCCUUCUAAACGGAGAACAUUACCCGGUCUCAUCUGAGACGGGAUGACCAGUCACUCCACAGCUGUCCUGCAACUGAACGGCUCCAGCCAGUGAGGGCAAUUCAAUGUUCACUUUUUGGAGAGGUUGUAUAACAUUUGUGCACGUUCAGCUCUAGUUUUACCACUUUGUCCUUAACUCGGUUUCUUUUAAGUGCUUCUUUUUCAUUCCCUGACACGUAUAUGAAACUUGAAGUAUCGAAGGGUUUUCUUUCCCCAUGUGAUGGUCAGAUUGCUCUUUUUGCCUGAGAUUGUCUCUUUUUUUCCCCCCCAGAGCCAGAUAAAAUCAGAAUGCAUGGUGUCACUUUUUCUAAACAGAAUUGAAAACACUAAUAAAAACAAGUCCAGACUUUACUGGAUAUUAAAAUGGUCAUAAUUCAAUAUGAUUCGUUUUUUUAAAUGUUGACUCCUGUGAGUCGACGCUUUACUGCCAUUCACUUAGAAACAUGUUCGUACGGCACUACACCAUGCAUUCAGAUUUUGGCAGGGGCAUCCACUCAGAGCAAAGACCUACUGACAGCCUUUUGUAGAGGGAACUACGUUAUCUAACAUCAAUGUUGCUGUUCAGUGAAUGCCUGUCUAUCACCACAAGUUAUUUAAUUGAUAGUUAUCUAAUUUAAUAGAUGGAAUACCUUGCUUCGUUAUGUCUUUGUGUGCUCUAAAGUGUCUUACGUGAUAUUUCCCGUCUUGUACUGUAUAUUAACAUUCUGUCGAUCGCACAGCAGCUGUUUUUAAACAUGUAAAUGCAAGUGCCUUAGAAUGCACAGUUGCUAAGUCUUGGCUAUUGUCUUUUUGUUUUUCCUUGUCAAAGCCAAAGACUUAACUUCUUAACGUCCGUCCAGUAUUCCAUUUGUUAUUGUAACCAUCCCUGACGCUGUUUUCUGUUACAGCUGUGUGUUGGAAAUUAUGUUAGCAUUUGUCUGUGAAUAAACUAAUUCUGUCUUCAAAUGA